AAAACACGGACUUAUCGUGCCCAGUUUCUGCAGGCGCACGUGUUACGUGGUGUCUAUAAAAGACAUGAACGAACAAUGGCGGGCGUCCACUCUCACAAAUUUGACGAGUUGAGCUGAGAGCUACCUUUCGGGAAUGUCCGCUUUCGGAGUAAUAAAUCUAGACUAUAAUCUACACCGGUCGGUGCAGAAACGCAAGCCUGGGGGAAUCAGUGCCGGCGAGAAUCGGGACUUUCAGCAACAUACCAUGAACAACAUCGUGAAGCGCAAGAAGACCGUCUUCUUCCCAGCCUCGGGGGUCUGCUCAGCUCAACACGUCCAAACGGCAAUCAAGCAACAUGUAACCGAAGAACGCCGUGUACUCAGCGACAACAGCAACAUCUCGCACAGCACAGCAGGCGCCCCCAAACCGAUGGUGCAGUGUACGGAAUACCCCAAAGUUGCCAAGGCGAGGCCGGCAUUUCGUGUAACUCCGGGUAACCAAGGAUGUCGGAAAGUCAAGAAACACAGGCUCAGUACCAAGAAGAAACUCUGCAUCAAUGGACCAGAGCGUGUCGUUCCUUUUGACGAGCCUAUGGACCUUGAUGAUCCUGCUCUAAGACUCCGCCACCUGCUGAAGACAGUUCCAGUUGGCAUCAAAGAUAUAGAUACAGACAAGGGGGAGCUCUACAGCCCGGCCUAUGCCCAAGACAUAAUCGAUUACCUGCAGGCGGUGGAAACUCGGUGGUCAUUCCCGACGGACUUCUUGGAGGAUCAGACUGAGGUGACGCCCAGCAUGAGAGCUGUCCUGGUAGACUGGCUGAUGCAGGUCCAGUGUCAUGAACGUCUCAGUGACGACACGCUGCACCUGACAGUCGCCCUCAUCGACCGCUACAUCUGCCACAAGGUUCCGGCAAUACACGAGGUCCAGCUCCUCGGCAUCACCUGUGUCUUGAUAGCUGCCAAGUUCGUGGAGAGAUUCCCACCUGAGAUAUCAACCCUGUGCCACCUGACAGACAACACCUACACGGAGGAUGAAGUGAUCACCAUGGAGAUUCAGAUCCUCAAGACGCUCAAGUUCGACCUCAAUAUUCCUAGCCCAUUUGCCUUCCUGGACAGAUUCCUGCAAGCUGAAGAAAAUGAUUCAAAGGUUCCCCAUCUAUGCAGGUACCUUCUGGACUUGUCUCUGGUCAGUGCUGGUGCCGUCAGGUUCGUGCCGUCCAUGCUGGCUGCCGGGGCGCUCUAUCUCUCCAGGCGCAUCUUCCGGUCUCUCAUGGGACAAGUCUGGACCCCGAAUCUCGCGUUUUACAGCAAGUAUUCGGAAAACGACCUGGUGAUGUGUGUUCGACACCUCGACAAGCUUCUGAACAAGGCGCCCACUGGGAACCACAAGGCUGCUAGGAACAAGCACGCGAAAUCUGACUACGGCUGCAUCUCGUCCAACCCCCUGAUAUGCCAGUGAUAUCGACACGAUGACCCUGCGACUCUGGACACCAAACAUAGUGCUAUCUUUUCAAUUGUACAAAUAUUCCAAUUAUUGAUUGAUGGGUCGGAAUGAGACGUCCCGACAACGCACGUUUAAUGCAUGCACAGAGCACAUUUGACCAUGAAAUAGAGAAAAAAAAAUCAACGCAACGACGAAAACCUACGCAGAAACGUUAAAAACAAUUUGAGAGUUAGGACCAUUUGUACAGUUUUGUGCGAAUAAAAAGCAUUUGUAUAUAAUUGCAUACGCAUCAAA